AUAAACUUUGAAGUAUGGGCUGGUUUAGAAAUAGGGUGGACUUUUCGAGACUGAUAGUUAUGGCAGUUAUGGUGAUAGUCAUGAAUGGGCUUUGUAGAGCACAAGAGAAUGAGUGACUCGCAGCUAUAUUGGAGAAAUUGACUAGUGGAAACCAAGCAGAUUUGAUGGCAAUGAUAGUAGGCACUGGGAAAGGACUUAAUGACUUGGGCGAAUACGACCUUUGUAUUAACAAUCCGGAUACCACUUAUGCAACUGUCUCUGCUUUUCCUCUUCCUGCUUAUGUAGGAGUCUGCUUACCCAGUGCUUGUAAUAGCAAACACACUGAGAUUGUAGAAGCAGCUAUUACUCAAAUGGUUCAGCAACAAGGUAUGAAGGCUGAGGGUAAGGUUGAUUUCCCAGACUCAGAACCUCCAAAAGUUACAGCUGGAAAUUGGAUAGGCUUCUUUGGAUUUGGAUUUUUGAUCCUUUUAUGACUCGUCGGGAUAGGAGUAGAAUAUUCUAAUCUCUUCGGAAAAGUGUACAAUGAAGGUAUUGAAGAAUCUAAGCAUGAUAAGGCUUUAGUAGACUCAAAAUAAUAGUCUAGGAAAAUUCUUCCUCUCUUUCUCAUUCUCUAGAAACUUAAGGAAAAUGUUUUGGACUCCUCAAAGGGGUGAUGACUUCCUCAGUGUAUUAAAUGGUUUGAGGGUCAUCAGUAUGGCUUAUAUCAUCUUUGGCCAUAUCCACGAAUCUAUGCAGGGCUUACCAAUUAUUAACCCUGAAGAAGCUCCGAAUCUCAUAAGUAGCUGGUAUGGAGUUUUUGUCAUGGGCGGCUUUUACUCAGUAGACACUUUCUUCUUCCUCUCUGCUUUCUUGGGAGCUUAUUUGAUGACUCCAAAGCUUAUGAAGAUCAAUGUGUUUAAUUUUAUUAUGAUCUAUAUUCACAGAUUCAUUAGGAUCAUUCCUACUCUGGCCCUGUACAUAGCAAUGUUGCUAACAUUUGUAAAUUUUAUGGGAUCAGGCCCAAUUUGGGACACAGUGAAUGUUUUCUUGGUUCAAUCGUGCAAGAAAUAUUGGUGGACAGUCCUGACUUUCUCCAAUAAUUUUUAUCCAGGGACUUCCGAUAUUGGAUGCAUCGGAGUUUUAUGGUAUAUAUCCAACGAUAUGAUGUUCUUCAUAUUCCUUCCUUUUGUUGUUUUUGCUUAUUGUAGGAACAAGUUUAUUGGAUACGUUCUUACCAGUGGGCUAGUUAUGGCAAAUAUGAUCAUUGUAUUUGUCCUCUCUGCUGUUCAUCACCACCCAAUGACAGUUACCAAGGAUAAAAAUUCCACAGAGAUUUACCACAAGCCAUACUCCAGAUUUGGUGCAUACUUUGUAGGAUGCUUGUUUGGCUUCCUGUAUUAUGAGUGGAAGAAGUCAAAAACCACUCCUGAGUAUCAGGGAACUCUCGGUGCUAUUUUCUUCAGCUUUGCCGAGUCCAGAAGGGCUGUGAGGUUAGCCUUCCAUUUUAUCGGAACAGGAAUAGUAUUGUUUCUCGUUAUGAUUACUUAUACAGAAACUAAAGAACCUGGAGAUCUGAUAGUAUGGCCACAGAUUGCAUCAAACUUCUUCAAUGCUUUCCACCGCCCAUUAUUUGUCAUUGGUCUUGCUUUAUUUUUAGUUGGACCAAUAGUAGGAAAGAGCAGAUUCCUCAGAUUUGUAUUAGGCGGAUCUGCAUGGGCUCCUUGGGCGAAAAUAACCUUCAUGGUCUACUUGAUUCACACAACCCUGAUAAUCUGGUUCUACUGCCAAGUAAGACAGGCUCUGUAUAUGACAACAAGAGUGGCUGUCUUUUAUUGGUUUGCUUGCUUCCUCCUAUCAUAUCUGGUUGCUAUACCGAUUACAUUAUUGAUUGAGUCUCCAAUUUUACAAUUUGAAAAAUUGCUUUUAUUCGCAACACCACCAAGGAAGACAAAUCUCCAAAAAAUUGAAGAAGAGUUAGAAGCCAAGGUUGGGCUGUUAAACCCUGAUCAGAUUCAUAGCAAAGAGUCUAAAAUGAACGACACCAAGGCUGACUAAAUCAUUUCUGAAGUAAAUCCUAAUUAUAUCUGGUCAUCUUC